UUCCUCGUUUGACACCCGUCGCAUCCACGCGACCCUGCAGCGUUACUUGUUCGUGGUCUUCUGCCAUGGACGACGACAAGAGCGUAGGGUGCAAUCGCUUCCCUACGAUUUAACAAAAAAGGAUACCGCAAUCUGUCGACAGGGCAACAGAGGCGCAACCUCGCUGUGCCCGCCAUUGCCUCGCAGGGAGGUUACGAGGUCAUGAGGUCGGGUGCGAGCUCAACCACAUGCAAUUUCGUCCGUGAGGCGGAGCUUGGAAACCUUCGAAGUAAUUUCGUCAGUGUUGGUCGAUCGAUCGAUCGAUCUUCGAGCGUAUUGGACGGUGGUGUGGCAGAUCCGGUGAUGUGGGAGGCGAUUCUUUUGGAUCUUUUCACCAAUGUCCUAAUCCCGGUGACGACCGUCGUCAGGAUCGCGUUCGCGCUCCUACAGUGGCUCUUGGUCUCCAAGGUGCGAUUAUCUCCGCCAGAGGCUGACGCGGAGGGCACUGGCAAGAAUGGGUACUUCGAGUACUUGAUCGACGAGGAGGAGGGGCUCAAUGAUCACAACGUGGUCGUCAAGUGUGCCGAGAUCCAGAGAGCCAUUUCGGAAGGAGCUACUUCUUUCCUUUUCACUGAAUACCAGUAUGUUGGAAUCUUUAUGGCUAUUUUUUCCAUACUGAUCUUCCUCUUCCUUGGCUUCGUCGAGGGCUUCAGCACAAAGAGCCAACCCUACACUUACAGUAAGGACAAGACUUGCAAGCCAGCCCUUGCCAAUGCCAUCUUUAUCACAUUGCCUUUCUUACUUGGAGGUAUCACCUCUGUGGUAUCUGGAUUCCUUGGCAUGAAGAUUGCGACAUAUGCUAAUGCCAAGAUAACUCUUGAGGCAAGAAAGGGUGUUGGGCAGGCUUUCAUCACUGCAUUCCGAUCAGGCGCUGUCAUGGCCUUUUUGCUAGCCGCUAAUGGACUUUUGGUUCUCUUUAUUUCUAUUAACUUAUUCAAAUUGUAUUAUGGUGAUGACUGGGAAGGUCUUUUUGAGGCUAUCACUAGCUAUGGCCUUGGUGGGUCUUCCAUGGCUCUCUUUGGUAGGGUUGGUGGCAGUAUCUAUACCAAAGCUGUUGAUGUUGGGGCUGAUCUGGUUAGGAAGGUCGAGAGGAACAUUCCCGAGGAUGAUCCAAGGAACCCAGCCGUUGUUGCCAACAAUGUCGGUGGCAUUGCUGGAAUGGGGCCAGACCUCUUUGGCUCUUAUGCUGAAUCUUCAUGUGCAGCUCUAGUUGUUUCUUCAAUAUCUUCCUUUGGAAUUAACCAUGAUUUGACAGCAAUUGCGUGCCCUUGAACAAGUCGCGAUACUGAUCUUUUAAGUUGCAUUCCACUAAGUUAGGGUUUAAAGAAUUUCAUCAAGAUAGCUAGAGUUCUUUUGCUCAAAAUGCAGAAAUUUGAUGGAGACUACUAUCCUGAGACUUUUCUACUGGCUCUAGGCUCCUUUGGAACACCAUUAAAGGUUUUCUUGACCCAAAAACAACUUCAAACAUACAUCCAACUACUAGAUUUCUUGAGUGACUUAUGCACUUGCUCUAGUAAAGGUGGAUGUUUGAAGUUCAACAAAGGGCCAUGGAAUAAUCCCAACAUUAUGGAGGGAAGAAGUAGCAGUACAUGGACAAUUGAUUAUGGAUCAAAUAUUGAUAAUCAAGUUCCUAAAACUAUUGAGCAUAGGCAUCUAGCUGCUGUGGAAAAAAUAUUUGGGACGAGAAGUUUUUGAAUGAAUGCAUAAACAAAAGCAAGGUACCCAGUUUAUUGACAACAAAUUGGUAUUUGUAAAGAAAAGCUUAUCAAGGAAGGUAGGAAAAUUGAAGAAAAACUCAAGAAGAUGGUUCGUAAGAUGAUUCAAGAGGUGGAAUAUAUAAUCAUUGAUAUCCAGAAGGAUCUGAUCCCCAUGAGCAUUGUGAUAGAUGAAAUAUAUAUUAAAUUAUUGUACUCAGAUUUAAAAAUUUAUCAGUAUCUUAUAAUUUGAUUAUGGUGAAAUUUAUUUAGAUGAUGUGAAUAUUUAUUAUCUCAA